UGCACAAAAAGCACACGGGCUUAAACGUCUCCCAUGUCUGACCUUGUGUCUGCUGAUUGAUUGGCAGGUCUGAGCUGUAACCAUGGAAACGAGGAUGGAGGUAGCACCGCUGGAAAGCGGGAUGAACACUGAGGAUUAUCAAAAAUUAAGGAGCCUUUUCAUUGACUCCUCUGGUGCGUCUCGCUGCUUGUCCAGAACCAAAUUCAUCGAUCUGGCUUGCGCAGCAGUCGGCCGUGGGUCCAGGGUGGAAUUCGGUCUGAUGUUCGACGGAACGGUUGUCGCUCAGAAUCCUCCCGGCCACCUCCCGUGCAGCAACCACAAGAAGGAGGAAGGGAGUGUGAACUGGAGAGAGCUGUGCUCCUUUCUCCUCCUGGAGCUUUCUGAUAAAACGAAGAAGCACAGAUUCAUCUCUGCGCCUCGCUGGAAACCGCCGCGCACCUUAACGUGUCCUCAUCGGGACGCCGUUCAAAGGGUGUUGUACAUUCAGAAUUCUGCUCAGUAUCUGAGUGUGAGUAAAGGAGGAUUGGUGGUGCUGCGAGACAGAGGGGACAUGUCCAUUGUCCGCACGCAUCGCCUGCAGAACAAAACUGUCUCACCCAAAGUCCUCUGGGUCACAGAUGUGGUGUAUCUACAAAACACGCAAAAGAUAGCCGUGUCUUUUACUUGUAGAGAGGUGUGUUUUUACGACAUACUGCCGAAACAGGACUUCAACUGCAAAUAUAAACUUAAGGGUCUGAGGUUUGUCCCAUGGUGUCUGGACUACUGGGUGGAUCCAACUAAUCCUGACCAGGCCAUUCUCACCAUAGGAGACAUUGGAGGACAGGUCAGUGCUUUAAAUUUUACUUCUGCUCAGAUCUCCUUGUUUGAGAGACACUAUGUGAGGACAGCGUCUGGCUCAGAAGAUAUCGUCCUGUGGGAUGAACUGGUCAAAGGAAAACACUACUGCUGUUAUGUCACAACGCACCAGGCACACACGCCUGACUGGGUCAGAAAAGUGCGUUACCUGGGCUCUGUGCAAGCCUUCCUAUCAUGUAGCCUGACACCACAAUGCAGCAUGGCAAUAGGCUGGAGGGAAAAUGGCAGCAGGACUCUGAGAGUUACUUCCUUUGCCACUAAAAGCGGUGUUUGGGAUGUGGAUUACCACUUUGGACUCGGUCUGAUAGCCUCAGCAGGUGUGGAUCAUCAGGUCUUGCUCUGGAACCCUUGUGUGACAUCCAAGCCAGUCUUUGCUCUCUUUGGACACUCAGGCCCUGUCAUUACAGUUACGUUUAUCCAAACCAAGCCGCAAGUGUUCAGCUACUCCAAAGACAAGGUGUUGAGUCUCUGGGACGUGUCCAGCCUGCAGUGUGUUCAACGUAUGACCGGCAUUUUCCCGAAGACACGGGAGGAUACACACGUGAAUCUGCUCUUCCAAGAGGAGCAUCAGCGACUUCUGCUUACAUUUGACAGCCAGCUUCUCCUGCUGGAGACUGUGAAGGGAGAGGGGAGGACCAGCAGCCAUAAAUACCCCGUCACCUGUGUGUUGUACAACAGUCUGCUCAAGCAGGUAGUCAGCAGUGACUCUGGCUCCACUGUAAUCAGCUGGGUUUCUGACACGGGCCAAAUGGUCAAACGGUUCGACCAUUGCCAUGGCAACACAGCAAUCUCCACCAUGGACCUGGAUGCUACACAGACUCGGCUGUUUACUGCAGGUGCUGAUGGACAGGUCAAAGUGUGGGACUUCAACGGUCACUGCCUUCUCAGGAUGAAUGCUGGAAUGGGUGGAGCUGCAUCCAUCUCACAGGUCCUGUUGCUGAGGAGUAGAGUACUGGUGAUGGGCUGGAAAAGCAUCGUAGCUAGAAGCAGCUUCACCCUGUUUUGUUCUGACUCGGAGUUCUACCAGCUGAUUGUUCCCAAAGGAUCUCAGAACCCUGCUGGGUAUGGAGGUCCAACGCGUAUUUUGGCCCCAGCUGUUGCUGCUGACAUUCAGGAGUGCAGUACUAACACAGAAAUUAUUGCAAAAGCAGGGUUAUGUGUAAAUACUUUAACAGCUUUCCACCUACUGCCCAGCUCAGAGUCUGAUGUUGAACUCACUGAGUGGAAGGGAGGCGUCCAACAUGGUGGCAAUGUCCUCUGUGCUGCAUUCCAGCCUCCACAAACACUGGUCACAGGAAGUUUCAAUGGAGACAUCGUUGUGUGGAACAGCAGCACAGAAAAAGCUUUGCGGAAACUACAGCAACAAGAGAACUCCACUUCCAUCACCAGAUUGGCUUUCCUACCACGACGAACUUUGGAUAAAGUUGGUGCAGAUUUGGUGUCCUGUGGUGGUUUGGGUUUGGUCCAUUUCUGGAACAUCCAUCAUGGUCAACUGGUGGGACAGUUCUCAGCUCACAACAAGGAUUUGGGAUCUAUUGUCAUGGCCGUCAGCCCCUGUGGGAAAUAUUUAGUCACAGCUGAUAAUGAAGGAACAAUCAAGACUUGGGACAUUGAGUUUUACUGUCUGAAGCCAGACCAGGAAUGUAAUGAAGAUCUUCCUAAACUUCUGCACAGUUUCUGCCCCCACUUUGAUCACGUGACUCAUUUAGAGAUAUGUAAACAUGGCGACAAGCUGCUCCUCCUCUCAUCGUCUUCAGACUGCAACGUGGCACUGAGCUACCUAUCUGGGGAGACCGUUGGUUUGUUCGGACAGAGGGACUGUUGGAGCAUAGGAAGACUGUACCCUCUACAAGACACAGACAUGAACCACAGCAACCACACAGAGAAAGAAGAUGUCACACCCAAAGUACCACAAAAUAAUGUUGAGCCAGGGAACAGAGCCAGGGCAGUCGCAAGAAGUGGAAAUAUUUUGUGAGGCUGUGAUACAGACGAAAGUGAACAAAAGUAAAGAACACGUUUCCAGGCCAGGAGUCAAAUCUGGAUUGAUGAAGGCUGUUGUGAUGAAUUUUUGGACUGAAAAGGAAAAAGUGUCACACAUUUUUCUUUAGAGAAGAAUCAUUUGCAAAAUGUUAUGGCAUACUUGCAAUAAGCAAAAGGGCAUUGUCUGUUAGCCAAGCAGUAACAGUAGUUAGUAAAAAAGCACAAAAUUUGAAACUUUUCAUGUUUCUUAUGCCUUUAGUGUGUUACAGGUGUUAACUAUAAGUGCCUUCCGGAGUCAGAUCAAGUUUUAUUGUCACUGUUACUUUUCUCCUAUGUAUGUUUUAUUGUCGCAUUUGCAUGGGAUUUUGUUUCUGACUCCACACUUAUGUCCUGCUUUUAUCUUGUCCUUCGUGUGCACUGGUCUUUUUCUAACUGUUAUGCAUGGUUUUGUCGGUGUGUUUAUAUUGUGUUUUUUCAUUGCUGCUAAUAUUUUUUUUCUGUUAUGCCUUUUAUGUAAAGAAGAGUUUCACUGGUUUUGAUUGUUGUCUUUCUAGAUUUCUGUUGUUUUUGUUUUGGUUGUUCUUUUUUCUCUGUAGUUGUUAGUUUAUUUCCGUUGUUUAUUGCCCAUGCUGGGUACCUGCAGGUCUUUAAAGCAUUUGUAUAUAUUGGUGCUCUUGUUUAUAGUCUCGUUUGUCUGUUACUAUGUUUGCUCGGUGGUAUAAUGUUCUGAUCACUGACAUUUUAUGUAUAGUAGGGUGUUCUGAUGUCUAUAAUAAAAAUUGGUCUGUGUG